AUGGACAUUUGGGAUCGUAAUUCAUUGAAAAAAAUAACAACUGUAGAAGCUCCUAAUUCGUCGGAAUGUUCCUGGUCACCGGAUGGACGUUACAUUAUGACAGCGACAUUAAGUCCACGACUUCGAGUGGAUAACGGUUAUAAAAUUUGGCAUUAUACUGGUGCUUUGGUACAUAGUCAGAAUAUUCAAGAAUUAUUACAGGUUCAAUGGCGGCCCGCGAGUGUUGAACUUUAUCCUAUGCGACAGUUAUCUCCGGCACCUGAAAAUGCCAAGAGUCCUACGUCACCGACGAAACCUUCAUCAGGCGCAUAUUUACCACCACAAGCACGUGCCCGUGGUACACCAACUGUUGAUAUUUUCAAGCGUGAGGAAGAAACGAAUAAUAAGGUUCAAGAAAACGGAGCCAAACCCGCAGGAACACCCGAAAUAAUGUCCAAAGCUGCCGUUAAAAAUAAAAAGAAACGUGAAGCUAAAAAAAGAAGAGAAGAAGAGACCGUCAAGGAAACUGUUGAUAGUUCUGAUGAUAUAGAUACUUUAAUAGUUUCCCCCUCACAAACAUCUCCCGUUAAAAAUGAGAUAACAAAUAAUGGUAUUCCCGAAGUGGUUAAUUCUAUUGAUAUGGCAAAAUCUGAUUCAACACAGCAAUCUACGAGCAAUUUAUCGGAAACGGAUAAAAAGAUUCGAAACUUAACAAAGAAAUUACGACAAAUCGCUGAACUUAAAGAUAGACAAAUGAACGGAGAUAAGUUGGAAAUUACACAGUCUAAACAAGGAAUCUUAUUAAAAGAUUUACAUGGAAUAUGGCAUCCAUCACAACCGAAUUAUAUAUCGAUGAUAUGUGCUUCAAAAAAUGGAAUGUUGACAGAUUUUUCACAAAACUUAAAUGGACCUUCAUUACCGGAAUUGUUGGAAGAGAAAAACAUUUCAUGGAAAGCGUAUAUAGAAAAUUAUCCUGGUAAUGGAUUUAAAGCGGAUGAAUCAGAUGAUAAAUUAUAUGUUCGUAAACAUAAUCCAUUUAUCUCAAUGAAUAAUAUAAGAAAAGACUCAACCAUGGUAUCAAAAAUCGUUAAUUCCAAACAAUUAACUGAUGACAUAGAGAAAGAUGAUGUUCCACAAUAUGUAUUUUACGUGCCAAAUAUUAAUAAUAAUGGAGAGAAAACCAAUUUAAAAUUUGCUAGUAAUUUUUUAAAAAAUGAAUUCAUUCCUUUAGUUCAACAUUUAUUAACUUCCACUAGAACCCUUUUAGUGAUUACUUUUGACGAAGCCUUUACUUAUAUUGAUUUUAAUUUAACAAAUUAUAAUCAUAUUUAUACCACACUUAUUGGACCUAAUGUAUUAAACUCUUUUACGCAUAAUGAUGAUACGAGAUAUAGUCAUUUUAGUUGGGUACCUACUAUCGAAGUGAAUUGGAAUUUAUCUAGUCUUGGUAAUGGCGUUGAUACUGAUAGAUAG